CACAAGUAUCAAAACACCAGUCGAUAUCAGUACUAACAUGAAGGGAACAUCAAGAAAUGAUUCACCAAAGACCAUUGAAAUAUCCGAUGACGACAUUAUCAAGCUUGUUCGUUCGGAAUGCAUGAAAGGAAACUACGAAAUGACAAUUGUGCCAAUUGACCUGUGGGAUUUUGGAGGACAGAAAAUUUACCAUCUAACCCAUCAAUUGUUUAUAUCAAGUAGGGGCACUUUUGUUCUUAUUUUCAAUGGUGGCGAGAGCAUUAAUGAAGAGGAUGGAGCAUACCUUGUCCAUUGGGUGAAUUCCGUACUUACAUAUUGCAAGACGUUGAAGGAGAAUGAAGAGUUUCCGAAAAUUCUAUUUGUGGCAACUCACAAGGAUCAAGUUAAAGGUAACAUAGAGGAGCAGAGACAUUCAUUAGAAAACUCCAUCGAAAUACUCUUUCAAAACCAUGGAGGGAAAAAACAUCUUAAAUACCGACCACUUAUUUUUGUUGACGCAAGAAACAAGGACGACCAAGAUAUAGAUGUUUUAAAGAAACAGUUAGUAGAAGUUGCUUUGGAUCAUCCUCGUUGUGGGGAAUUAAUGCCGACCAAAUUUGUACCUCUUGAACUUCAGUUAGCAAAGAAAAUCGACGAAAAGCAGAAAAUAGUAUCUAUUGAUGAACUCAAACGCAUAAACAAUCAAAAUGAAAUCAUGGCAUUGGAUGACGAUGAGCUGACACUGUUUCUAAAGGUUAAUCAUGCUUUAGGAAAACUUAUUUUCUUUGACGAAGCUGGCCUGAGAGAUAAAGUUAUCAUAGAUCCGGUGUUUUUGAUAGAUGUCCUACGCUCCAUCGUAACUGAGGAAGAGUUUUGGCCACAACAUCUUCUUCAAAUUUAUAAAGCACUUAAAGGAAGUGGAAAACUGCUGAAAAGGGAUUUAUAUGAGAUAUGGAAUCAAGACUGCUUCAAGACGAUCUUAGAACAUAAGGAGUAUAUGGUUGAAAUGCUAGUUCAUUUGGAUAUAAUCUGUAGCCAAGAAGACAAUAUGAAUGGAUCAGACUAUUUUCUAAUACCAUGUAUGAUUAGUACCAAACGAGAAGACAACAUAAGUAUGCCGUUUGACAGAAGCAUUCAUUUGUCUUAUACUUUUAAAGACGAAGUUGUACCACCAGCUAUUCUGUACAGGUUUAUCGCGACUUUCAUAACAAUAUGGAAAUUACAGGUCAGUCAAAACUCCGGGCUGCUGCUUUUUACCGACAGUGCUGAUGUUUGCAUUGAUGCACAACAUGAUAUGAGAUUUGACAUUCAGAGAAAUAAAUUAAUUAUUACUCUUUCACACAAGAAAAUAAAAACCGCGAUUGUAUCUACGAUUGCAUCAACGGCUCAGGAAUGUCUUACACAUGCUAUUACACAAAUUUCAAACUUUUAUUUCUCAGUAACAGAGGAUUCUGCUUGUACUAUAGAUUUGCCGUUUACAACUCAAAUUGGUAUAGUUUGUGGAACAAAUCUUUGCUUUUUUGACCAUAGAGUUUCGUCUAAAGAUGAAUGGAUAUGUCCAGAUCAUAAAAGAAAACACAAGACAGAUGUUGUGUCCAGAUGGUUUUCAGACAAGCUACCAGCAAAAGAUGACAGAUGCUCUGACAAUUGUGUUGGUUUAGACAAAGCAUGGUUAGACAGCCUACCCGAAGAUAAACAUCUUGGACGCCUAGCAGCUGAAUUGACAAUAGAAGAAACAUGGAAAAUGUAUAUGCAUUUAAAGGAAAGAAAACCAUCCCAGUCGUGGAAAAACAUUGAGUCUUAUAGCAGAGGGGAUUUUGAUAUCAAAGUUAAUGCUCUACAUGAUUGGAAGAAGAGUACAACACAUGCUAAUUUCAAGAAGCUCCAGGAGAGUCUGAAAGAAGAAGAUCUUAAUGUCCACAUAUUAUGUCAGAUUUUAAGAGAUGUUCAAAUAGACGCAGGUCUACCAACAGACAGGUUGAAUCUGAAACCAUCGAGUUCCGAUGUAAAACUAUUGCCUAAUCAUAUUGGAAGAGAAACAUUUCAGUUUGGAAUAGAACUUGGACUAUCUGUUGUUGAAAUGCAUCAGAUACAAUCAAAUCAUGUGACAAAUCUUCGUGGACAAACAGAGGACGUCCUUAAGAAGUGGCGAAAAACUAAAAAAGCUGCGUAUGAGGUUUUGGCCAAAACUCUUUAUCGCCUUGAUUUGUGUAGUGUUUUGUCACACUUAAGUUAUGAUGUAGGAGAAAAAGAACAACUUGAAGAUAUAAUCAGGAAUAAUGAAAGCAGAAUCAAACGGGAGAUUGAAACCAAACAGAUUUUAGAUCAUAUGAUGACACAUUUGGUGAUCUCAGUCGACGACAGACGCCGUAUUGAACAACAUGCAGGGCAAGAUGAUAGGAAUAAAGUAUUGCUUGAAAUAAUACUAGAAAGGAUAGACGUAACUUAUUCAGUGUUUUUGGAUGCACUGCAAAACAGUGGAUACACAGAUCUAGCAGAUACAUUGAAAUGUGAAAUACAAGAAUCUGGCCAAAUUGCAACGUUAGCAUCAACACAAAAUGAAGGAAUAUCAGACGUUGCAGAUCACAUGUAUGUGCUUCAACUGCAGAAGAAUUACUCCAAUAUAAUCAACAAUGUUAUUUAUGAAACAAUAGAAGAUCAUCUAAUAUCAAGUGAUACCUUGACUAUGGAGGAUAACCAAAUGAUAAAGUUCGGUUCUACUCAAGAACAAAAGAACAGGGAAUUGAUGGACAAACUUUUGCGUAGAGGUGAAAAGGAAUUUCGUGAAUUUCUGGUAGCUUUGCGAGAUGAAAAUGCAGAAUUAGCGGAUCAAAUACGGAACACGGAAGUUACAAGCAAGGAUAUUUUAACCUUUCAAACUUGCUUCAAACAAUCUGAUGGAAUAUAGUUUGUAGCAUUUUGUUCUUGAACAAAUAUUUAGUACCAGCUGAAAGUAUGACACGUUUUUGCUUAUAAACAUAAGGAAAAGUCUUGUUAAGUCAAAUACUUAUGAUUUGAAUAAAACAAAAAACUCGAACGCAAAAAAUAUCUCAUUGUGUAUAUGUUUUACAAAGCAUACUUAUGUUAUUCAGAAGAAAAUUAAAUCAAAUGAUGCUUGUAUGUCAAUAUACUUAUUAUACUUAAAUCAAAUGUAAACUUUUUCAUUUAUGAUUUUAAACCAUGACGAUAUACCAUACAUGACCACUGCGUCUUACCAAGGAACAAAAAGAGGUUAACUGCAUUACUAGGUUCAAACAUGUAUUUCAACAUCCCUAAUUAUUGACGAUCAACAGGGAAACAAUGGUCAGAUCAAUACCUUUAAACAAUCUUAAUUAAAAUAUUUAAAUAAUUUUUUCGAGCUGAUGUUUUGUAAUAUUCAAAUUUAUUAAGUGCUGAUUUUUUAGUA